UAUAUAAACUCAGACAUGGAUAAUGAAAAGUAUCAGUUGUUCAACAAAUCAACCGAAUUCAACAUGAAGCUGUUCGUUAUCGCCGCUGUCUUGGCUGUUGCUGUAGCUGCUCCGUCCAGCUACAAGCCUGCAUACAAGCCACCUACCUACUCCGCACCGGCCUAUUCAAAACCAGCCUACUCUGCCCCAGCUUACCCCGCACCUGCCUACUCUGCUCCAGCAUACAAGGAUAACAAAUACGCCGACAUCACUAUCACCAGCCAAUCUGAUGAGCGCAACCUCGAUGGCAGCAGCCAAUGGAGCUACGCCCAGUCUGACUACACCACCCGCGAGGAAUCUCAGGUCCAAAAGAAGAUGCAAGGAGUCAAGUACGACUCGUACGGCAAAGCCACCUACGAGGACGUUAUGGGCAACACCAACAAGGGAUCUUCCUACUGGGUUUCCCCCGAAGGCGAGAAAUUCACUUUGACCUGGGCUGCCGAUGAGGAAGGAUUCAAACCCAAGGGUGACCACUUGCCCGUCGCUCCCGUCCAUGUCUACGAGCUCCCAGUUGCUCCCGUCCAUGAGUACGUUCUCCCUGUUGCUCCCGUCCAUGAAUACGAACUCCCCGUUGCCCCCGCCCUCCCCUACAAGCGCACUGGAGCUGGAUAUUAAAUUAUUAAAAUGAUGUAUGAAUGUCAUCGAUCAUAUUGAUGUUGUUGAUGUGAAAACAGAGUAUGAUGGUGUAAAUAAAUGCGAGUUAUCUAAGAUCAA